UAGAAUUUGGAAUGGGGUGGGUAUCAGUCUUCACAGUCAACAGAAUAGCUAUGCAGAUGUGGGCCGCUUCUUUCUGAGGCAGUAAAUCAAGUUCACCCACUUACAUGUUGUACAGUUGUGUCAGGCCCUCCAUGUCUCAGGUGAUGGCUCUGCCCAUUGAUGCUCUAAGUAAGAAAGGACCGGUGAAGCUGCCCUUGAUGCUCUAAGUAAGAAAGGACCGGUGAAGCUGCCCUCUCUCCCUGGCCUUCUGCUGCAGGAAACCCUGGUUCCACAACCCGUGAGGGUCACUCCAGCACGGCCACUCCAUCCUCUUCCAUGGCCUUUCCAUAGGUAAGAACUCCAGCUCUCCUCCAUCAUCUCUUCAGGGCACGCUGAGUCUCAUAGCUUUAGUCCUGUUCGCCGAGAUGGACAGUGUCACCUAGCAACACAGGCACUCAGGCAGCAUGGGAGACGCCAAGAGUAACCGGGAACUCUACAACCAGUACCUGGCCAUAGCCCCCAAUCUGCUGGCCCAUGUCUCCAAGCUCCUCACCUUCUGCCGCCUCUCAGGCAUCCCUGUGCCCAAGGGCAUCAGAAACAUCUUCGAAUUUACAUGGGAAGAGCUCAUCGCCGACCCCAUGGUGCCCACUGGGUCCCACAUCCCGGGCCUGGAGGUUAGCUUUGGAGCCCCACUGAUGGUGCAGGUGGAGUCCACCCCGGCGCUGACCCAAAAGAAGCCGCCCCAGCCCCCAUCACCAGUGUCUACAGGGCCAGUCAGCGCCAAGGCAGCCUACAACUCGGUGACACCCACCCACCAGGCGCCUGCGGGACAGGAGAUGCUGCACAGAUUCCAGCGGCAGUCAGUGCACCUGCUGACAGAGCUGCUUGCCCUGAAGAUGAGAGCCAUGGUGGAGGCCGCAUCGGGUGCCAACCCUAUGGACAUCACCCGGCGCUUUGUGGAAGCCAGUCAGCUCCUGCACCUCAGUGCCAAGGAGGUGGCCUUCGACUUCCUGAUGGGCACUGCAGGGAGGAGUGGUUACUUUGUGGGGGAGUCAGGGAAAGAGUCCUCCAUGGACAUCUCAGCCAUGGGCGUGAACUCACCUUACCAGCUGAUCUACCAGUCCUCCACAGCCUGCCUGAGCUUCUCCCUGUCCACAGGGAAGGACACCAAAAAGAAAGCAGGUAAAUCAAAGAUGCCAGAAGACACAUGCAGUGUGUCACCCUCCCCACGCGCAGUGGGCACCUCUUCUGAUGCCACAGAGUUCAGCGAUCUCUGUCCUGAAGCCCGCGAGAAGCUGCAGGAGAUGUGUCGCCACAUAGAGGCUGAGAAGGCCCUGUGGAAAGGGCGAAACAUCUUCUACCCCAUGAUCCUGCGCAACUACAAGACAAAGACUCCCUCUCAGCCAACAUCGACUGCCAAAGGGGACUUGCACGGCUCGGGUCCCCAUGCAAGUGCCCAUGCCAUGGGGCCAUCAGCACCUACAGCUGGGUCUCACCAGCUCUUUGUCCAGCAGAGCCGGCACUCGCAGGACUUGAAGGUGUCCAAGAAGGCCGCCAAGCUGCACUACUCCUUCCAGGAUGGCUCCUCCUUUGUCUAUCCCUCUGGAAACAUUGCUAUAUGUCAGAUCCCCACGUGCUGCAAAGCGAGAGCCAUCACCUUCCUGUUUAACGACACACCUAGCUACUCCUUCCUGGCCCUGUUCAAUGCCGAAGGCCAGGGCUGUGUUCAGUACAACCUAAAGACACACUCUCACCACAGCUGCCCCUACGUCUUGGUCUUGGAUGAGGAAGGUGGGACCACCAAUGACCACAAGGGCUAUGUGGUCCACAAAUGGAGCUGGACGUCCAAGACAGAGACCUUGCUCUCCCUGGAAUACAAGGUGAAUGAGCAGCUGAAGCUGAAGGUUCUGGGGCAGGACUCCAUCGUGGUCACCUUCACAUCCCUGAAUGAGACAGUGAUGAUUACUGUGUCAGCCAGAAACUGUCCCCACGGGAUGGCACAGGAAAAGCGGAUGAGCCGCAGAAUUAGCACUGAUGAGAAGAUAUCCAAGAUGAGCCGUGCACUGGCCGAGAUCAAGAAGCGAUUCCAGAAGACAGUGACUCAGUUUAUGAACUCCGUGCUGCUGGCAGCAGGCCUCUUCACCAUAAAGUAUCCCACUAUGCGGGAGGAGGCUGAAUUUGUCCAAGCCAGGCUGAAAUCCAGCACCCUAACCGAGUGCGCCCCGAAGCUGAGCUUGCGCUUAGGGGAACCCAUUCCCCGGUUCCAGUCAAGUCGGCCAGACUCCAUGAUGGAGGAUUCUGUGCCCGAGCAAACUGUGCCUGCGCCCGCCAGUCCCAGGCGGAAGAAGAUGCCCAGAGUCCAGGCCAAGGCCACAGCUGUCUACAGGAGGAAGAAGAUUCCUGAGGCACAUAGCCCCUCGGCACACAGCCCCUCACAGCAGCAGGUGGCCUUAUGCUCUGACUGUCCACUGGUGCUGCGCAAGCUGGUGUGCAAACAGGACCCACGCCCGGGCUGCAAGUGCAUGUUGAAGGUGCCCCUGGUGUCUGACCUGGAGCUGGAGCUCUUCCUAUCGGCACCCCGUGACCCUGAACAGGUGUUGGUGUUUGGCAUCCUUGCAAGCCGGACCCCGAUAGACACUGCACAGCUGCAGUGGCUGCUGGACACGCUAUAUAGCCAUGAGCAGCAGGGCCGUGGUUCUCCCUGUGUCCAGUGCCGGCACGACCCAUAUCGCCUGCUGCAGUAUGACCUGGACAGCCCCCUACAGUGCCACCCACCCCUGCUGGUGACCAAGUUUGCUGUGGUGCCGGGGAUGGUCUUGAUGUUUGCAGGGGGGAAGCUGCUUUUCGGAGGCUGUGUUCUGAAUGGGUAUGGCUUCAGCAAGCAGAAUCUGCUGAAACAGAUCUUCCAGACACGGCAAGAUUGCAAGAAGGGCUACUUCCUGCCAGACAACUACAAAUUCAGUGCCCGAGGCUCCAGCCCAACCCUGGAGGAUUCUUAUAUCACUAAGACAGUUGUAUCCGGAGACCUGGAAGGCAGCUUCUCCUCAGUGGCCCUGGGGGAAAGGGUGGAGAAGGACGCCUCUCCCCAGGCUGAGAAGAAGUUGCAGGAGCCUGAUGUGGACCUGAAUAUCAACAGAGCCAGGAGGGGCAGCAAGAAGAUGGCAACCGGGAAGAAGCAGGCUGCGAAGAAGUUACCUCAGCCCGGUGGCUGAUGCCUGCCACCCCCAUGUCCCUAUAAUAAACCUAACGGGCUGUGUCCCAGAGCCCUGCUCUUGGCGAGUCCUUGGAA